CGUCGAGUUUAGUUUGUUACGGGCGACAGAGCAGAACAGUGCAGUGUAUCGUAUGUUCUCUUCCAAAAUACAUAUAGUAGCCAAAAGUAGUGAGUAAAAACCAGCACAAAAGUGUUUCGUCGUAACUUCAAGACGAAUUUAGUUCGUCGUUGAUUUUAACGUCAUCAAUAUUCUCAACAAAAAAAAUUAUAAAUUUAUUCAGAGAAGAAAAAAAAUAUUAAAGAGAUUUUGGAAAUUUUGAAAUUUAGUACAUUCCGUGAUCUUGUUACGGUUUGAUUGGCUCUUAUUAAAAAAAGGUCGUCGUUGAAUUUUUUAAAUUUAAGUGCCAUUUUGUGUCGGUCUUUUGUGACCAAUUUGUUUUGUGACGUCCGUCGGUCGUUUUUUUGAUGUGAUUAUUAGCAGAAUAAUAAAGAAGGAUUAAUAAGCCCAACAAGGAUUAAGGACAUCAAUUAAGAAGGAUUACUACAAUUCCAGAAAAAGAUACAAGAUACUGAUCUUUGAACAAAAAAAGAUUUUGGAAUUUUUCUAAGGAAAACGACUUGCAACUGACAAAAAAAAAAAAAGAAGGACAUCAGACAUCACAAACAACAUGAGGACGUCAUCUUUUCUGGGCCCAAUGUGGAGCAUCAUGGUCGUACUGAUUCUAUGCACCAUCACCAGUGUCAACUCGUACUCAAAAUACGGACGCGGAUGCGUUGACAUCGGUUGCUUGCCAAAUGAGGUUUGUGUCCUGUCGCAUGAUUCCUGCGGAUUUGGUCAGCGCGAUGGCAAAGAAUGUGGCAGCUAUCCGACGUGCAAGAAGAGCGGAGCAGCCCCAGCAAAUAGUGGAGGUGUGAAACCGUCAGACAGCGAAGGACCAGACACUGUAGCUUCCCAUUCUCCAUCUCACAAUCAAGGUCCAUCCUCACCAUCGGCACCCUCAUUCCCAGGUGAUGGCAGUAGUAAUAGUGGUGGUGGUGGAGGAUUUAAUGGAUUCUCAGCUGGCGGCCACAGCUUGUACCCAACCCUACCGAAUAGUAAUCCUAAUCCACAACCAAAUCCCAAUCCUUAUCCCAAUCCAGCUAAUGGAGGAUAUCAACCAUACAACCCGUACCCAGGAGGAUAUCAGCCAGCGCCACCUGCUGGUGGUGCCUAUGGAGGCUACCAAGGAGGUGGAGGUGGUUACGGUAAUGGCGGUUAUGGUAAUGGCGGUUAUGGUGGCGGCGGUGCUGGAGGAUACACUCCUCAACGUCCUCAGCAACCUGCACCGAAAGAAAAGAGUGAAGGUGGUGGUUUCUUUUCGAACUUCCUAUCCAAUCCGUUGGUCAAUCAAGCGGUAACUGGCAUCAUUUCUGGUCAAAUUUCUAAAGCUCUAUCUGGUGGUGGUGCUGCUGGUAAUAAUGCUGGUGGACAGCCUUCAGGGGGAUAUGCCCCAUCUGGUGGAUAUGGACAAGGCGGUUCUAAUGGUGGAAGUUCAGGAAGCAAUUUCUUGGGUGGACUUCUUGGUAAUGUUUUGUCUGGAGCGGCUGGUGGUGGCAGUAGCGGAGGUGGAUCAUCUGGUUCAAGUGGUCUUGGUUUGUUGGGUCAAUUCCUUGGAAACAGUGGUGGCGGUGGUGGAAGUCACGGAGCAAGCUCAGGCUCAGGUGGUAUUGGUGACUUUUUGACAUCCAAGAACUUUGGUGGUCUUUUUAGUGAGAAACCAUCAGGCUCAUCGUCUUCUGGGUCAUCACAAUCAAACGGUCCAAAAAGCUACCCAACUCAAGCACCGUACAACUAUGGAAAGUAAAUAUUUGUAUUUACUAUUUUUUUUCUUAUAUAUUUUUUUUUUUAUUAAAAAAAGGAGCACAAAUAUUAUGUAUGUAAUUGUUUUUAUAAAAACUUUAUUAAAAUAAAAGCUCUUUAAAUAAAUAAUUUUUUAUUUUCAUAUUUUUAUUUCAAUGUAAUGUUUUUUUAUUUAACAUUACUAUCAAAUAAACGAAAAUAAAUUGUAGAAAUUACAAAUAAAAAAAAAAUAUUAAGAAAAAAAAUCGAAAAUUAUAACAAUAAUAUAUUUUUUACAAUGUGAACAAUAAAAAUACAACAAAACAAAAAAGAAAAAUGUGAAUAUAUAAUUCUAACUUAGGAUCAAAAAUGUAGUUAAAUCAUUUAAAUUAAAUAAUAAUACAAAAAAAAACAAUUUUAAAAUAAAUAAAUUACACAAAUGAAAAAAAAAA